AUGACUAGUAUCGAGAUGCAGGUGGAUGUCGCUGAAUUGGAAAGAAAAUAUGAAGCUCUGGCUAAUGUAAAAGUUUUUGACGAUAACGUUAGAAAAGGUGUCGAUACGAUCCUUGCAACGAUGCCGAAUCCUGACAAGCAGCACAGCCCCGAGGAGAAGGUGCGGUUAUAUGUCCUUCGUUGCAAGGCCUUGCUCCUGCUUCCAAGUUACUCAAAGGACUCUGAGCGGUGCUGCAGUGCUGCACUAAAGCUUCGAAACGAUCGUCCUGAUCUCUGGGUUUUACUCAGUGAAUGCUUCACGCAGCGGGGUGCAACCAAGGAGGCAUGCGAGGCAUUGGAUAAUGCCUUGCGGCUGGACAGUCGCAAUGAGAAAGCCCUCAGCCAGUAUAGCCAAGUCCUCCGCAUUCGCUCAGCGGACUCCAAGCUGCCACUGCAGGAGAGCAGAAAAUAUUUAAGUGAGGCCGUGCUGCGUGCCAAAGAGGCUGUUGCAGUGUCCCCUGCGAGUGCAUCAUGUUGGCACCUUUAUGGUAUUGCCUUACUUUCUGAAGCACUCUCGAAUGGUAUGAAUGUUGAAGGCGCGCAGCGUUCGUUAAAAGCACUCGAGCAGGCUUCCCGGAUUGAGCCCAGGGAUCCUGACGUGUGCUACAACAAGGGCGCUGUUGAAGGUGUGCUUGGAUACUUUGGAAGUGCGUCGUGCGACCUGCUGACGGCGCUGGAGGAGGACCCCCACCGUCUGAAAGGGGCGAGAAAGCAACUGGAGGAUUACCUUUCCAUAAUUAGGCGUGCGAUUUCAAUGACUGAAUCCAUGCAACGAACGGGGAAGAAAGCAUUUACGUCACUGGUAACCAAGCUUGCGAAACAUGUAGAUUCCAUGACGCUGAGGGAAGCACUAGAACGGGAAACAAGUUCCUUAUGUAAGGUGUCGGUGGGUGUAGUGGACGUUUUGAGCGAAACGACAAUGGAGCCGAUGGUUGUGCUUUCUGUCGACAGAGUCGGUGAGUUUUGUCUACUACUUUUUCACGGUAUUCGCCGCGGUACCUUCAAGAUGAGAGACGCCGUAGUCACUUUGACUGUCCCCAAGAGUAACCCCGUUCGUGUGACCCAUGAAGUGCCUGCCAUUCCUUUUUUGGAUACAAGCGCGUACUCGUGCUCGUAUGUGCAAGUGAUCGUUGACGUUGAUUCGACGAUUGUUAAUGGAGCACCAAUUUCUUCACAGAUGCGGGUGCCACCACAGGUCUCGACAAGGCUAUUUAUAUAA